AUGGCAACUGCAUCAGUAUUAACUCCCAUCAAACAACGCCGUGAUGGCAUCUUCUCUACCCGCCUCGCUGGUGGUCGAGCUCCGCUCACGCCCUCGCCGCAGACCUCAAAGACUCAGGCGAUGGAGCCCGCGGAGAGCAUCCACCACGGCAACGCCAACCUCAUGUCUCGCUUCUCUCGCUCCGUGUCCAAGACGAAUGUCCGCGACUCGCCCAAGUCAAACAUUGCGAGCCGGCACCCACAGUCACCACGCCGCCUCGACCAAGUGACCAGCGACUUCACACUCUCUGGCACUGGUUCACGGCCAAGCACCUCUGCCAAGACCACUCCGUCUCGCUCCAAGAGUGGCCGUUCUGGCUCAGUGCACCGGACGCCCAAGCGAAGCCAGGGCAAGAUCAACUAUACCGCUGCCGAUCGAUUCAUCCCGAACCGGGACGCCAGCGAGGCUAUCUCCAAUCCCGCCGCAGCAGUCAAGCUCGACAACGAGCGGACUCCCGGACGGCGGCCAAAGUCAAGCGCAAGUGAUGGGUCGGCGACACUCGCUGCGGGUGUUGCCAGCGCUUUUGACCUUGGUCGUCAUUCUUCUUCUGACGCAAACACUCUCAACUUCGACAGCCUGAGCCUGAACGAUCGCAACGAGGAUGACGACGAUGAUCAGCCCAAGACCAAGCCAAGCCCGAACACUGUUGCUUACCAACAGUCAGUCGCUGAAGCUUGCGGCGUGAGCAUGAAGCAGCGCAUCCUCGCCUUCAAGCCCGCCGCCCCAGAGUCGUCUCGUCCAAUCGACCUCCGAUCUCAGUACAACCGCCCACUCAAGCCUGCUGCCGCAUCAGCAUCACAGUUCCGGCGCCGAGUCCUGACCGCCCCAGAGCGUGUUCUCGACGCCCCUGGACUUGUCGAUGAUUACUACCUCAACCUCCUUGACUGGUCCUCGGGCAACCAGGUUGCCAUUGGCCUUGAGCGCAACGUCUACGUCUGGUCCGCCGAGUCCGGCUCGGUGUCAAGCUUGCUUGAGUGUCCUGCUGAUACCUACAUCUCUUCGGUCAAGUGGAGUGGCGAUGGCGCCUACGUCGCUGCUGGCCUUGGAACGGGUGAAGUCCAGAUCUGGGAUGUUGAGGACGGUACCAAGCUGCGCUCUAUGUACGGCCAUGACACUCGCGUCAGUGUCAUGGGUUGGAACAAGCACAUCCUCUCCACCGGCGCUCGCUCUGGUCUCGUCUACAACCACGACGUCCGCAUCGCAGAGCACAAGGUCGCUGAGCUUGUCUCUCACACCUCAGAGGUCUGUGGUCUCGAGUGGCGUGCCGACGGUGCUCAGCUGGCUACUGGUGGGAAUGACAACCUCGUCACCAUCUGGGAUGCUCGUCAUCUCACCGCUCCCAAGUUCCAGAAGACCAACCACAAGGCGGCCAUCAAGGCUCUGGCAUGGUGCCCCUGGCAAUCCAACCUUCUCGCCACCGGUGGAGGAUCACACGACCGCAUGAUCCACUUCUGGAACACCACCUCUGGCGCACGUGUCAACAGCAUCGACACUGGUAGCCAGGUAACUUCUCUGCGCUGGUCACUUGGCUACAAGGAGUUGGUCUCAUCGUCUGGCUUCCCCGACAACAGCCUCUCCAUCUGGAGCUACCCAACCUUGGUCAAGAACAUCGAGAUCCCGGCUCACGAAUCUCGUGUCCUCCAUUCGGCACUCUCUCCAGACGGCCAGAUGCUUGCCACGGCCGCUGCUGAUGAGUCUCUGAAGUUCUGGAAGGUUUUCGAGAAGAAGCCUGGCUCUGGUAACAUCGUCGGCGCUGGCAGCGCUACCGCUAAGGCUAGCCUCACCAAGGCCACUACGAUUCGGUAA